CCCCCAGUCAGGUGAUCACACUACGCCAAGGCCCCGAGCCCUAAGCGAGCCCACCCACAACCACUCUUCUAAAGCCUCUUUUCGAUCACUUCGCUAUCCAUCUUCACGCUCAACAGCCACCUUACAGCCAAGAUGACCAAGCGCACCAAGAAGGUCGGUAUCACCGGCAAGUACGGUGUCAGAUACGGUGCCUCUCUGCGUAAGCAGGUCAAGAAGGCCGAAGUUUCGCAGCACGCCCGUUACAUCUGCACCUUCUGCGGAAAGAACACCGUGAAGCGCAAGGCUGUUGGUAUCUGGGAGUGCAAGGGCUGCAACAAGACUGUCGCCGGUGGUGCUUACACCGUCUCGACCCCCGCCGCCGCUGCCACCCGCUCCACCAUCCGCCGUCUCCGUGAGAUCGUUGAGAUCUAAGCGUCAUGAAUGUGGUUUCCUUUCUCUUUACGGCUACGUCUGAAUACCAAAAAUGAAAAUUUCGGAAUCAUAAAGAUUUUGCAUCCCCCGUUACCUCUUCGCAUCU